CAGCACACUCAGUCGCCAUGACAGAGCUACAGGAAGUCCAGAUCACUGAAGAGAAGCCAUUGCUUCCAGGUCAAGAUAUAGCAAAGGAUGCUGAGAUUGCUGCAAGAAUUCUUCUGGAUCAUGGACAGGAACACAACAUCGAGACUCCUUUUGGAACUGUUCAUGCCACUACCCAUGGCUCUCCUCGAGGGCGCCGUCCUGUUAUUGUCACUUUCCACGAUGUUGGACUCGACCAUAAAACAUGCUUUGAUGCCUUGUUCAAGAAUGAAGAUAUGCAGGAGAUUGUGAAAAACUUUCUUGUGUGCCAUAUAGAUGCUCCGGGGCAAGAAGAUGGAGCUACUCCUUACACUUUGGGGUACCAAUACCCAUCACUGGACCAGCUAUCCGAGAUGUUCGCCUGUGUAUUACAGCACUUCAAAUUCCAGAGUAUCAUCGGAAUCGGAGUAGGUGCUGGUGCCUAUGUUUUAUCACGCUAUGCACUGACUAACCCUCAGCCUGUGGAGGGGCUAAUUUUGAUCAACAUUGAUUCGAAUGCCCGUGGUUGGAUGGACUGGGCUGCACAGAAGCUGUCUGGUCUGACGGGUUCUGUUGUGGACCUUAUCCUUUCACACCUCUUCAGUCAGGAUGAGCUGACAAACAACACUGAGCUGGUGCAAACAGUUCGUCAACGUAUGGUCAGUGCUCCCAAUCUUCCCAACAUUCAGUUGUAUUGGAACAGUUACAACAGCCGUAGAGAUCUGGAAAUGGAUCGAGCUGCAACUACCUUGAAGUGUCCUGUCUUGUUGGUCGUUGGGGACCAAGCCCCUCAUGAGGAUGCCGUGGUGGAAUGUAAUGCAAAACUUGACCCAACCAACACCUCCUUCCUGAAGAUGGCAGAUUCUGGUGGCCUUCCUCAGAUUACUCAGCCUGGAAAGCUGACUGAAGCAUUCAAGUACUUCAUUCAGGGCAUGGGCUACAUGCCCUCAUCUGCUAUGACCCGGCUGUCACGAUCUCGCACAACUUCCCUUUCCAGUGCCACGUCCUUUGAUGGAACCCGUUCUCGCUCCCGCACACUGUCGCAGGGCAGUGAAAUAGGACAAAUGGCCUCCAGCCCUUCUCAGACCAUGGAGGUGUCCUGCUAAGUGAAAGGAAGACAUUUUCAUAGCCAAGAAGAAGAAGACUUUCCCCGGUGAUUCAUCUUGUCAAACUCCAGCUAGAAAGACAAGUUAAGGUCUUUCUCCUUCACACCUGGACAUUUUAAAAGUCUUUACCGGGAUGUAUUGGACAAAACAAAAGCUGACAGCAAUUUUCAAAUAAUUGAAAACAAAACGUAGAGCACCUUUGAUAAUUGGUAGAGGUGCUGGCAUGUAGAAGUGUGAUUUUUGACUCGGUAGUGCUUAUUCAGUUAUAGCAGGUUUAUUUUCGUAACACACUUAUAACCUUUCUUAUUGUGUAUCCUUUUGCAUGUAGUAAUACUGAGGUUUUCCUAGCUAGUACUCAGGACUCUCUACAUGUUAGGAGACAUGUAAUACUGCUGACAGAUGGUUUUCUGAAUGAAACUGUUCAGCCAUUUUACAUGGCUUUGUGUCUUGCUGUUCUGAAGGGAAAUUCACUGUAGUUUUAUUCUGCCUUUGCAUGUGGUUUCACUUCUUAACUGUAUGUUUCCUUUUAUCUUCUCUAUAUGACUCUUGUUUUGUUUUAACAGAUUAUGUCUUUUUUCUUUCUAUUUCACUUGCCUUGGUUUGUUCUCUGGUAAGCUCUGUCAUUUAUCCAUUACUGUAACAUUAAAUGCACCUCUCUUUUGA